AUGAAUGCAUUGCUGCAAGCAGACCUCCGCACGACUCAACCCGAGAGUGCAUUGACAGUACAUCAGCGAGUCAAGGAAAGAAUCAGUAAAAUUGAUGCCGAGCUACUCAAAAACCCACUCAAGGACACCUUUAAUCGACAACACACUUAUUUACGUAUCUCUCUAACAGAGCGAUGCAACCUGCGAUGCACUUAUUGCAUGCCCAGUGAAGGUGUUUCCCUUUCUCCUGACAAUGCGCUGCUGACUACUUCAGAAAUCAUCAAACUAGCAACGCUGUUUGUCGAGCAAGGUGUUACCAAAAUUCGUCUAACUGGCGGAGAACCGACCGUGCGCAAAGAUCUCUUGGAUAUAGUUGCUGGUCUUAAUACACUCAAAUCCAAAGGGCUAAAAUCAAUCGGCAUGACAACAAAUGGAAUCGCACUCAAAAAGAAACUUCCUGGUUUGUUGGAAAAUGGUUUGGAUCAACUUAAUAUCAGUCUGGAUACUCUCAGAUCUGAUCGGUUUGAAGAAAUGACUCGUCGUAAAGGUAUGAAAGUGGUUUUGGAUGCAAUCAAAACAGCUGCAAGUAUGCCUUUUCAAGCCGUAAAAAUCAACUCUGUCAUUGUAAGAAAUACAAAUGAUGACGAGGUUGCUGAUUUUGUACAAUUGACUCAAGAUCUGCCAAUCUAUGUGCGAUUCAUUGAAUAUAUGCCUUUUGGAGGAAACAAGUGGGACGAAAAAAAGUUUAUUUCUUAUAAAGAACUACUGUCGAUUCUUGGCACCAAGUUUAGUGGUAUCACCAAGUUGGUAGAUGACCCAAAUGAUACAUCAAAGGCUUUCCAAGUUGAUGAUUUUCACGGCAAGUUUGGAUUUAUUACAUCAAUGAGCGACCACUUUUGUGGAACGUGCAACCGAUUUCGAUUGCUUGCUGAUGGAAAUAUGAAGGUCUGUCUUUUUGGCAACUCGGAGAUCAACUUGCGCGAUGCUCUCCGCCGUGGUGCAUCCAAUGACGAGCUGAUGCAAAUGGUCGGAAUGGCAAUCCAUCGUAAAAAAAAGCAACAUGCAGACUUUGACAACAGCCAUGUCAGGUCCAAACUAAUGGCAAUUAGUGCUGCUGGGUUGAAAAAAACGCCUGUGUAUCAAUCUAGAUGGAUUUUUUCACACAAGUCUAUGUCUGAUUCACAUUAUUUGCGACCUAUCCGACCUGCCAGCUGCUACACAUCGCAUCGUUUCAACUCUACAUUUUCAAAGAAUAACACUUCCAGCCAAGCAAAACUGACUCACGUCAACCAAGACGGCCGUGCAACUAUGGUAGAUAUAUCAUCAAAAAUGGAAACAAGUCGAAUUGCAAUGGCUUCUGCUCGUGUUCUUGUUGGGAAAGUUGCCUUUGAACUUGUUCGCGACAACAAACUAUCAAAGGGUGAUGUUCUUACUGUUGCGCAGAUUGCAGGUAUUCAAGCUGCAAAGCAAACAGGAACAUUGAUCCCAUUAUGCCAUCCACUUACGCUAACCCAAAUCAAAGUGGAGUUGAGUCUGUGUGAUGCUACCCAUGCUGUGCAUAUACGAUCAAUGGUGGUUUGCAGUGGAAAAACAGGCGUUGAAAUGGAGGCUAUUGUUGCUGUUUCGGUUGCUGCCUGCACGGUAUAUGAUAUGUGCAAAGCAGUGAAUAAGGGGAUUGUUAUAACAGAUGUGCAGUUGGAGUCCAAACGUGGCGGAAAAAGUGGUGACUACAGUCGAAAUGGAGACCAAUAA